AUGGAAGUGAUGGAUUCUGACGCCAACACCGUGUUGCACUCGGUCACCAAAGGCGUGCACGUCGGUCCACCACCUGUCUGGCCCGGCAUGGACAACGUCACGAACGCGUCCAUGUUCGACGAGUCAAAUCUGCCGUAUGAUAUGAAAUUCAACGAGGGCCACGUGGUCGCUAUAGUCACUUACAGCAUACUCAUGGUAGUCUCAGCCAUAGGCAACAUCACGGUGCUGACCAUCAUCCUGAAACGCAGGCGCAAGGCUGGCACAAGGAUACACGCGAUGCUCAUGCACCUUGCCAUCGCUGAUCUAUUGGUAACGUUUUUAAUGAUGCCGUUGGAGAUAACGUGGGCAUGGACUGUGCAAUGGGUGCUCGGUGAUCCACUAUGCCGCAUCAUGUCAUUUUUCCGAAUAUUUGGAUUGUAUCUUUCCAGUUUCAUAUUGAUUUGUAUCAGCGUUGAUAGAUACUUGGCUGUUUUACAGCCAAUGCGUUUAUAUCAGAUGGAUCGCAGGGGAAAGUUAAUGAUUGCAGUGGCAUGGAUUGCAUCAGUUAUUUGUAGCUUACCACAGACUUACAUAUUUCACGUGGAACGACACCCUAAUGCCACAUGGUACGAACAGUGCGUCACUUAUAACGCUUUUUCGUCCAAAUUGCACGAGCUGGCUUACUUAUAUUUCGGCAUGUUCAUGAUGUACUGGUUGCCUCUAAUCGUUAUACUAUUCUGCUACGCUUCCAUCAUCAUUGAAAUAUAUAGAAGGUCCAGGGAAUCGAUUUGCGGUCAAGGUACAGAUAAUGUGCGUCGUCUGGGAUUUUUAGGGCGUGCCAAAAGUAGAACAUUAAAGAUGACAAUCAUUAUUGUCAUAGUGUUUGUUGUGUGUUGGACCCCGUACUACAUUAUGGCUAUUUGGUACUGGACGGACCACAAGUCGGCGCAGAUGGUCGAUCAGAAGGUACAGCACGCACUCUUCAUGUUCGCUUGCACAAAUUCGUGUAUGAACCCGAUCGUAUACGGAGCGUUCAAUAUACGCACCAGGAGGACGCUGGUGACCCAGGGUGUUGGGGAAUCUGUAGCUUCGGUGAGAGUGGUCACGUGGCACAAAUUGACAGUGCGAACAAAAGCGAAUCGAAAAUCGACUAUUGGCAACAAAGCGGCAUUGUUCAAAUCUGCCCAGAAUGGUAACACGAACGAUGACGGUCUGGUCAAAGAGAACGUCACAGUUACUACGACGUUGUGCAAUGACAGCGAUAUUAACGACAAGAAUACUUAA